AUGUCCCCAGGCAGCCUCUGCCUCUGGGUCCUGCUGGUCCUGGGCUCCAGCUGGGCAGGCUGGGGGGCCACAGGGGCCGAGGCUGCGCGGCUGAGGCAGUUCUAUGUGGCUGCGCAGGGCAUCAGCUGGAACUACCGCCCGGAGCCCACGGACCCCAGCUUGGAUCCUUCUGCAAAAGCUUUUAAGAAAAUUGUGUACAGAGAGUAUGAAGCAUAUUUUCAGAAAGAAAAACCACGAUCUAAAACUUCAGGACUUCUUGGGCCUACGUUAUAUGCUGAAGUUGGAGACAUCAUGAAAGUUCACUUUAAAAAUAAGGCGGAGAAGCCCUUAAGCAUCCAUCCUCAGGGGAUUAAGUACAGUAAAGCCGCAGAAGGUGCCUCCUACCCUGACCACACGUUCCCUGCAGAGAAGCUGGACGAUGCUGUAGCUCCCGGCCAUGAAUAUACCUACCAGUGGCCCAUCAGUGAGGACAGUGGACCCACACCCGACGACCCGCCAUGCCUCACGUACAUCUACUACUCCUAUGAAAAUCUGAUACAGGACUUCAACUCAGGGCUGAUUGGACCUCUGCUUAUUUGUAAAAAAGGUACCCUCACUGAGGAUGGGAGUCAGAAGAUGUUUGACAAACAGCAGAUGCUCAUGUUCGCUGUGUUUGAUGAAAGCAAGAGCUGGAACCCGUCAUCAUCCGUCAUGUACACAGUCAAUGGCUAUGUGAACGGGACGAUGCCAGAUAUAGCCGUUUGUGCCUACGACCACGUCAGCUGGCAUCUGAUUGGCAUGAGCUCUGGGCCAGAGCUGUUCUCCAUUCACUUCAAUGGCCAGGUCCUGGAGCAGAACCAGCACAAGGUCUCAGCCGUGACCCUCGUCAGCGCCACGUCCACGACUGCAAACAUGACGGUGGGCCCCGAGGGGACGUGGGUCAUCUCCUCUCUCACUGCCAAACACUUCCAAGCUGGGAUGCAGGCUCACAUCAACAUUGAAAACUGCGCAAAGAGGACGCGGAGUUACAAGCCGCUGACGCUGGAGCAGCGGCGGCACAUGAAGAGAUGGGAAUACUUCAUCGCUGCCGAGGAAGUCAUCUGGGACUACGCACCCUUCAUCCCACUGAACAUGAACAAAAAAUACAGAUCUAUGCACUUGGAUAAUUUCUCCAACCAAAUUGGAAAACAUUAUAAGAAGGUUGUGUACAAACAGUACCAAGAUGAGACCUUCACCAAACGCCUGGAGGAGCCCAGAAACAACGAAGACGGGAUCUUGGGCCCUAUUAUCAGAGCCCAGGUCAGAGACACGCUCAAAAUCACGUUCAAAAAUAUGGCCAGCCGCCCCUACAGCAUUUACCCUCAUGGCGUGACCUUCUCUCCUUUUGAAGACGAAGCCAACUCUUCUUUCUCCUCAGGCAGUAACACCAUGAUCAGAGCAGUUCAACCAGGGGAAACCUACACUUACAAAUGGAAUAUUCUGGAGUCUGAUGAGCCCACAGACAAUGACGCCCAGUGCUUAACAAGACCGUACUACAGUAAUGUGGACGUCACAAGGGACAUUGCCUCGGGGCUCAUAGGGCUACUCCUGAUUUGUAAGAGCAGAUCCCUGGACACGCGAGGCAUACAGAGAGCGGCAGACAUCGAGCAGCAGGCCGUGUUCGCUGUGUUCGAUGAGAACAAGAGCUGGUACAUUGAAGACAACAUCUACAAGUUCUGUGAGAAUCCCGAGGAGGUGAACCGUGACGACCCUAAGUUUUACGAGUCAAACAUCAUGAGCACCAUCAACGGCUUCGUGCCCGACAGCAUCUCCACGCUCGGGUUCUGCUUUGAUGACACCAUCCAGUGGCACUUCUGCAGCAUGGGCACCCAGGACGACUUUCUGACCAUCCACUUCACUGGGCACUCCUUCGUCUACGGGAAGAGGCACGAGGACACCUUGACGCUCUUUCCCAUGCAUGGGGAAUCGGUGACCGUCACGAUGGACAACGUGGGAACUUGGAUGUUAACUACCAUGAAUUCUAAUCCAAGGAGCAGAAACCUAAGGCUGAGAUUCAGGGAUGUUAAGUGUCUCCGGAGUGAGGAAGAAGAUGAAUAUGAAAUAUAUGAACCUCUACCAUCUACAUCCAUGGAUACACGGAAAAUGCGAGAGUUUCCAGAAAACCAAGGUGAAGGAGAUUCUGCUGAAUAUGAUUACCAGGAUCAACUGGCUUUAUCAUUAGGAAUUAGGUCAUUCAGAAAUUCAUCACGGAAUCAGGAGGAAGAUGAGUUCAAUCUUACUGCCAUAGCCCUGGAGAACAGCUCUGAGUUCAUUCCUCCAAGUCCUGAUUCAGCUGCUGAUUCAAAUUCUUCUUUCCCAAGCGACAUUAGCAGGCUCAUGGACAAUAAAUUUGCAGAACCUAACAAAACCCUUCCUCACUCUGAAACCACCUCAGCUGGUCCCCAGGUGGGGCCCGGCCUAGAAAAGAAUUCAACUCUCAGCCCUUCUGCAGCGGAGCAUUCCAGCUCUUAUUCUGAAGACCCUGAGGAGGACCCUCUACAGCCAGAGGUCACAGGGACAAGCCUCCGACCUCGUGGUGCAGAAGGAUUCAGAAGGAUUCAAGGGCAGGCUCUACGUAAGAGAUUCGAGGCAAGGCACAGGUUCUCCCAGAUGAAAUUUCUAGGACAUAAAACCAGGGGAAAUUUAAGCCAAGGCAACUCUUCUCCCAUCGUGGGGCCCUGGAAGGACCUUCCCAGUGAUCUGUCACUCUUAAAACACAGGACUCUAUCUACAGUUUUGAAUCAGAGAUGGCACGCGGUUUCUGAAAGAGGUAGCUAUGAAAUAGUCCCAGAGGCUGAUGGAGACAUGGCGGUGAAUAAGCGGUGGGACAGCCCCCAGAAUGCCUCCAAGACGUGGGGAGAACGCAUCCCUCUAGCCCACAGGCAUGGAAAGCAGGGUGGCCACCCAAAGUUUUCUGGCGUGAAGCAUAAAUUUCUACAGACAAGACCUGGAAGAACUAGCAGCAUGAGGAACAGCACGUUUCUCAUUCGGACACGGAAAAAGAAGCCUGUGCACCACGCUCCCCUCCCUCCACGGAACUUCCCCAGAAGAGAGAGCAACCGCACCCUUUCGGACGUCCUUCCCAAGGCCAACGAGACGUCUCUUCCCACAGACCUCGCUCAGACAUCCCCCCGUGGGAACCUCAGCCUGGCAGCCUCCCUUCCUGACCAUAAUCACAGUCUCCCAGACAGCACCGGGCAGACACGCUUCUCGCCAGACGCGUACCAGACAGUGCCCCCGGAACAGCUCUACCAAACGUUCCCGAGUCAAGACCCUGACCAAACGCAGUUCCCUACGGGCCCCAGUCACGCAGCUUCUCCAGAGCCUGGCCAGAUGCCUGACUACGAUGGAGGAACCCAGUCCUUCCCUGCCGACACUGGACCAGUGUCCCCUUCCUCAGAACGUGAAGUCUGGCAGACAACCAUUCCUCCUGAACUUAGUCAGAUGACCCUUCCCCCUGACCUCGGCCAGAAGACCCUUCCCCCUGACCUCGGCCAGAUGACCCUUCCCCCUGACCUCGGCCAGAUGACCCUUCCCCCUGACCUCGGCCAGACGGCCCUUCCCCCUGACCUUGGCCAGACGGCCCUUCCCCCUGACCUUGGCCAGACGACCCUUCCCCCUGACCUCGGCCAGAUGACCCUUCCCCCUGACCUCGGCCAGACGACCCUUCCCCCUGACUUCAACCAGACGACCCUUCCCCCUGACCUCAGCCAGACGACCCUUCCCCCUGACCUCGGACAGAUGACCCUUCCCCCUGACCUUGGCCAGACGACCCUUCCCCCUGACCGCGGCCAGAUGACCCUUCCCCCUGACCUCGGCCAGACGACCCUUCCCCCUGACCUCGACCAGACGACCCUUCCCCAUGACCUCGACCAGAUGACCCUUCCCUCUGACCUUGGAGAGACGAUCUUUCCCCCUGACCUUGGCCAGACAACCCUUUCCCCUGACCUGGGCCAGGAGACUCCCUCUCCAAACUUCAGCCAUGCAACUCCCUCUCCAGACUUCACUCAGACAGGCCUUCCUCCUGAGCUCAGGCAGACAUCACUUCCUCCAGACCUUGCUCAAACAGCCUACACUUCCGAAUCCAGUCCAUCCCCGCUUCUUCCAGAAUUUGAUGAUACUUUCCCUUAUUCAGACUUUGGUCAGAUGCCAUCUCCGCAGCCAUCUCCUCCCCUCUAUAACACCUCUAUAACAAGCGAACUGGAUCCAGAAGUUGUGUUUGGCUUCAGUGGAGAAAAUGGAGAGCUCAUUGAGAUCACACCGAGGAAGAAACAAAAGAGCAGUGAAGAAGACUCUCGAGAAAUGGACCUUGUGGCCUACGAUGACCCUUACCAAACCGACGUUAGGACCGACAUCACCUCCUCCAGAAACCCGGACCGCAUUGCAGCAUCAUACCUCCGGAGCAGCAACGGAAACAGGAAGUAUUACUACAUUGCUGCGGAAGAAAUAUCCUGGGAUUACGCAAAAUACGCAGAAAGUGAAAUGAAUGAUGAAGACACCAGUGAGGUUCCAGAGGACACCGUAUACAAGAAAGUAGUUUUCCAAAAAUACCUGGACGGCACUUUCACCAAACGGGACCCUCGGGGAGAGUCUGAAGAGCAUCUUGGCAUUCUUGGCCCUGUCAUUCGAGCCGAGGUGGAUGACGUUAUCCAAGUUCGUUUCAAAAAUUUAGCAUCCAGACCGUAUUCUCUUCAUGCCCACGGGCUUUUCUAUGAAAAGUCGUCGGAGGGAAAGAAUUAUGAAGACGAAUCUCCUGAGUGGUACCAGGAAGACAAUGCCGUCCAGCCCAACAGCAGCUACACCUACGUGUGGCAGGCCACCACGAGGGCGGGCCCCGAGAACCCCGGCUCCGCCUGCCGGGCCUGGGCCUACUACUCCGCAGUGAACACGGAACGGGACAUCCACUCGGGCCUGAUCGGCCCACUCCUGAUCUGCCGGCGAGGAACCCUGAACAAGGAGAGCGGGCUGCCCGCGGACAGGAGGGAGUUCGUCCUGCUUUUCCUGGUCUUUGACGAGAAGAAGAGCUGGUACUACGACAAGAAGCCCCAGAGCUCCUGGAGACGCGGCUCCUCGGAGGGAAGAGCCUCCCACAAGUUCCACGCCAUCAACGGGAUGAUCUACAAGCUGCCGGGCCUGCGGAUGUACGAGCAGGAGUGGGUGCGGCUGCACCUGCUGAACUUGGGCGGCGCCCGGGACAUCCACGUGGUGCACUUCCACGGCCAGACCCUGCUGGAGAACGGCACCCAGCAGCACCAGCUGGGCGUCUGGCCCCUGCUGCCCGGUUCAUUUAAAACUCUUGAAAUGAAGGCAUCCAAACCUGGCUGGUGGCUCCUAGACACGGAGGUCGGAGAGAACCAGAGAGCAGGGAUGCAAACGCCAUUUCUCAUCGUAGACAGAGAAUGUAAGAUGCCACUGGGCCUAAGCACAGGCAUGAUAGCUGAUACGCAGAUCAAGGCGUCGGAGUUUCUGGGUUAUUGGGAGCCCAAAUUAGCAAGAUUAAACAAUGGUGGAUCAUAUAAUGCAUGGAUGACAGAAAAAAAUUCAGAAUUUGACUUUAAACCUUGGAUCCAGGUGGACAUGCAAAGGGAAGUCCUGUUCACAGGCAUCCAGUCCCAAGGAGCCAAGCACUACCUGAAGUCCUACUACACCACUCAGUUCCGCAUGGCCUACAGCUCCGACCAGACCAACUGGCAGGUCUUCAAGGGGAACAGCACCAGGAACGUAAUGUAUUUUGAUGGCAACUCAGAUGCCUCUUCAGUCAAAGAAAAUCGGUUUGACCCGCCAAUUGUGGCAAGAUACAUCAGGGUCUACCCAACCAGAUUCUACCACAGGCCUGCCCUGCGCCUGGAGCUGCAAGGCUGCGAGGUUAACGGAUGCUCCACCCCACUGGGUAUGGAAAGUGGGAAGAUAGAAAACACGCAAAUCACAGCCUCCUCCUUUAAAACGUCCUGGUGGGGACAAUCCUGGGAACCAUUCCAUGCCCGCCUGAAUGCCCAGGGCCGUGUGAAUGCCUGGCAAGCCAAGGCAAACAACAACCAACAGUGGUUACAAAUCGAUCUGCUCAAAAUGAAGAAGAUCACUGCGAUCGUUACCCAGGGCUGCAAGUCCCUGUCCUCUGAGAUGUACGUGAAGAGCUACACCGUCCACUACAGUGACCAGGGAGUGGACUGGAAACCUUACCGGCAGAAAUUCUCCAUGGUGGACAAGGUUUUUGAAGGAAAUAGUAAUAUCAAUGGGCAUGUGAAGAACUUUUUCAACCCUCCAAUCAUCUCCAGGUUUAUCCGUAUCAUCCCAAAAAUGUGGAAUCAAAGUAUUGCCCUUCGCCUGGAGCUCUUCGGCUGUGAUGUUUACUAG